AUGCCUCUUUGCGGCGGCAAGAAACCUGUACAGCGCAAACUCGUCUUGCUCGGCGACGGCGCAUGCGGGAAGACCUCGCUCCUCAACGUCUUCACCCGCGGCUUCUUUCCGACGGUAUACGAGCCCACCGUAUUCGAGAACUAUGUACACGACAUCUACGUUGACGGUGCUCCUAUGGAGUUGUCAUUAUGGGAUACUGCUGGCCAAGAGGAAUUCGAUCGGCUACGGUCGUUGAGUUAUGAUGACACGCAAGCAAUCAUGCUAUGCUUCUCCGUUGACAAUCGCGGCUCGCUAGAGAACGUCUCGUCGAAAUGGCUGGCGGAAAUCAACGAACACUGCCCGGGCGUCAAGGUCGUCCUGUGUGCCCUGAAAUGUGAUCUAAGAGAAGAGCAAGAAAAGGACGACGACGCGGAAGAGCCAGUUCCUCAGGCGCCGCCUCAGCGGAUGAUCCAAUACAAUGAGGGUCUGGAAGUGGCGCGCAAGAUCGGUGCGCUGCGAUAUCUCGAAUGCUCCGCGAUGCGAAAUCGAGGCGUCAAUGAAGCCUUCACCGAGGCGGCCAGAGUCGCGCUGCAGGUAAAACCCGCAAAGAGCAGCGACGACAGCAAGUGCACCGUUAUGUGA